GCGGAGGAGGGCUUUGGUUUAAAGGGGGUAGGACCCUUGGCCGCCGCCGCCGCCGCCGCCUCCCUCUGUGUCGGAGAGGGAGUUAGUUAAAGUAUUCAUUUGUAUAUAUAGACACCUGGGAGCGGGUCGGGCUGAAGGGCCCUUCCUUCUCCCGCUGCUGGGACCAUGGUUUGCGGGGGCUUCGCCUGCUCCCGCAAUGCGCUCUGCGCCCUCAACGUCGUCUAUGUGCUGGUCGGGCUGCUGCUGAUUGGUGUAGCUGCCUGGGGUAAAGGCUUCGGCAUUGUUUCCAGCCUCCACAUCAUCGGAGGGGUCAUUGCUGUGGGUUUCUUCCUGCUUCUCAUCGCCAUCGUGGGGCUCAUCGGUGCUAUCAACCAUCACCAAGUCAUGCUCUUCUUUUAUAUGAUAAUUCUAGGGCUAGUCUUUAUUUUCCAGUUUGGAAUUUCCUGUUCUUGUCUGGCAAUCAAGAGAAGUAAACAGGAGAGUCUUUUGAGUGGUGGCUGGAGAUUAGUGAAGGAGAACACCAAAAAAUCAAUAGAAAGCAACUUAAACUGCUGUGGGCUAUUCAACAAAAGUGAAUCUGCUGAAACGUUCAAGAGUGAUGUUGAAUCUUGUCCUGCAGCUUGCAAAAAAACAAGGUGCCUCAGUUGUGGUGAGGUAAUGAUGGAACAUGCAGGUGAAGCCUUGAAAAUCCUCGGCGGAGUUGGACUCUUUUUCAGCUUCACAGAGAUCCUUGGAGUGUGGCUUGCCAUGCGCUACAGAAACCAGAAAGAUCCCAGAGCCAAUCCCAGUGCCUUUUUAUAGAAAAUUCCCCUCCCGCUUCUUCCUAUACCCUCUUUUAGUUAACUGCUUAUCACCUAUAUUCAAGGUAUCCCAUUUCCGUCACUUAAAAACAAAAGUAUCCUUUGUGGACCCUUUAGGGAAAGUGGACUUUGCCAUUGUGCCAAACUGCUGAUUGGGAGAAAUAGCAGAGCAAAGGCUGCAUCCUUGACAUGAAGCCUUUGGCAGAUGGCAAAGGGGACCCUGUGAAAUAAACUAGGGUCCUUAACUGACAUCAAAUGAUGUGACCUGCAGUCUCCUUUGCCAAGAUAUACAUGUCAUUGCUGCUCCUUGCUACAAUCAUUCUGGUGUUUCUAAAGUAUGUUCAAAUUGUUGCAUCCCAUCUCACCUAGGGGAAGGCAUCUUGAAAAGUUAGAGGGCUCAGUGCCAUUAAGUGGGCAGUGCAAGAGACAGUGCCCCCCCCCCCCCAAAAAAAAACUGCUUUUCACUUUUUGUUGUAGUCUCACUUGGACUGAUGUAAUAGACAAAAAGUCCCAGGAAGCAAAUUCAGGGGGAAGGUUUACAUUUUAACCAAAUACAAAGAUUAAGUGAAAGGCAUUAUUUUUAUCUUUUUUUUUUAGAAAAACAAACAAACCUCAAUUGACCUAUUCCUGAAUUCCUCACUUACAAUCAUAUGUACAGGCCACCUAUUUCUAGUGGGAAAGGAGGGGCCUGUGUAAACCUGCCCAGAGAACUGGUUAAUUCAUUAUGUAACUAAGCCUUUAUCCAAUUUACAGAUUUACAAGCUGGCUUGAUAGUGGUUUUUCUCCUGGUUUGUUCUAGCAAGAGGAGACCAUCGACAGUGCUGUUACUCUAUUAAGAGUGAGAGUUCUGGUCUCUUUGUGGUACUACUGUCCCUAUGAUUCCUUGAUUUGACAAACUUGUAUAUUGUGGUGUAGAUAAACCCUUCUCUGUUUGGAGUCCUAUCCCUGUGUUCAUAUAGUGUAAGGAUGUAUGAGGGAAUUAUAGAUAGUUCUGUGGGGUGUUGUGUUGUUGUAUUUUGAGAAUUAGCCCAACUACUUAUCUCCAAUUUUACUCCAUUGUCAUUUUGAACUCCAAAAUAAUUUUAGUUCUAGAUGAGCAGGGAUUGGAGAAACUGUAACCACAAUUCUGCUGGACACAGAAAUGCUGUGAGCUUGCACAAAGCUCCAUGUGCACUACUGUUCUAGACCCAAGAAAGGAUUUUAUUGGACUGUGAGUCCAUUCUCCUAACCUGUUCCACCCUUUAAAGACUUGGCUGGUUUAGGGAAUUCAUGUAUUCUCAUGGAAAGAUGUUGCCAGGUUCCUACCCAAGAAAGGAAAAUCAGUACUUCUGUUUACUAAUGAAAGAUCUUACGACUCCUGCAAAGGCCACAUUCAGAUACCUAGUACUGUAUCAUCAACACCCAUUGGAAAGCAUUCAUCUUCACUUCCUUCUGGAGCAGAUACUGAAAGGAGGUAUAGGACUGGUUAUGACAGCAGAGCAAAACAUCAAAUACUAUUCAGCAUCACCAGAGACUGAGAAAGGGCAGGUGUGACUCACUGCCUUCUUUAAAAAUAAAAAUAAAACAGUUACAGUGUCAAGGAAGGGAAGAUGUUGAUUGGAACAGGAGAUGGGUUUGGGAAAGGACUGCCUUCCUGCUUUUGUUCUCUUUCCUAUAAGCCACUUCUUAAGGUCAGAAAAGGGCCUCACAGAUGAAAGAAGACUCCAGUUGCUUUUGGAUGGAGAGCAGCAGUCUGUUCCCUUAAGUACCAGUGCAGCAAUGGCGCACACCCACCUGCUCUCAAUAAAUGCUAGGACUUGAUGGAACAUGGAGAUAAAGGCAUCAGACAGAAAAGUAGAAGUAAAGGUGAAGAUACUAUGUUGAACCAUAGGAAAUUUUGUAUAGCAUAUCUUUAGGAUAGUUUGAACAUUCACAGUCAUCAUGCUAUUUAUUUUGAGGUGGCCUAAUCAAGGGGAAGGUACCUUUUGUAAAGCAGGACCUAAGUAUGGAGCAGAUAGAAGAAGGUUGGCAGCUUAUUACUGAGAGUGUGCUGUUCAGCUCCUAAAAGUAUCAUACAAUUUAAUCGUUUGAGAUUAACACUGUGGGGAAUACUCAGCACUAAAAAGAUAAAGGAAAGUGAUAUGCUUCCUUCUCAGAACCAUAGUUAGUAGUAGGCAUUCUUAUACUCCGCUCCUCCGCUGUUUAAAUUUUCAGAUUGGGUGGGGAGACUUUUGCUGAUUUGCAUUAGUACUGUACAGGGAUUGAUUGAAACAAAGUAACAUGCACUUUAAAGGAGCACAUUAAGAUUUACUCAUAGUUGGGGAGUAUUACAGAUGUAUCUCCUCCUAUUCAUGUUUGGCUAGACCAGUGGUUCCCAAACUGUAUUCUUUAAGGGAUUUUGGACUUCAGCUCCCAGAAUCCCAGACUAUUGGUCAAUAUGGUUAAGGCUUCUUGGAGUUGAAGCCCAAAAUCUCUUAAAGGGCACAGUUUGGGGACCACUGGGCUAGACAGAUGCCUGCUCAGUUACUUUUUUUUUUUUACACAAUGAAGGGGAGUUUUGCUGGCUACUUUCUUUGAUGGGUGACUUUAAAUGCUGCAUAUUUGCUAGAGACUAUCCUUGCCAUUUAGUUGGUGAUGGACAAGGAAAGAACACUUGCAAAAAAACUGUGAUGCUUGAAAAGUUUCAAGUCACUAGUGGCUUUUUUGAGAAAUACAUGCUUCUACCAUCAUGUACACCUGGACUACUCAAAUUGUAGACUGCAGUUACCCUAUUACAGGCCAUUUGAAUAAAUACAUUUCUGUGAAACUCAAA